GAAAGAUAGCAUUAUUCUAACCUUGUCGGCCAGGCGCAACGUUUGUGGCGUUUACUCGUCCCGCGGCGACAGUAAGCAAAGUUAAGUUUUAAGGCAGCAACAAUUGUUUCAAAUUAUUUUUUUUUUUUUCGUUUUGCUGCCACAGUUGAACCGUCGCAAUUUCAAAGAGCAACGCGUUUCUUUUCUAUAAUUCAAACGAGAGAAGAGAAGAAUAUUAACACGUGAUCGAAAAAAUGUCUUGCACCAGAAAUCAACAGACAAAUGGUGAAGCAAAUCUCGCUUCACCAAGAAAAAAACAGCGGACAUCUAUAUCAGGACCACUCUCUAAGGUCACCGUUGUUUUGGGUGCUCAAUGGGGUGAUGAGGGAAAAGGAAAAGUUGUCGACGUUCUCGCCAAUAAUGUUGAUAUUGUCUGCCGAUGUCAGGGAGGAAAUAAUGCAGGUCAUACUGUAGUAGUUGACAAGACCGAAUUUCAUUUUCAUCUUCUGCCAAGUGGAAUUAUCAAUCCAAGAUGCAAAUCUGUUAUAGGAAAUGGAGUUGUUAUUCAUUUACCGGGACUUUUUGCUGAACUUGAAGAAAAUGAGGAAAAAGGUUUAAAAGAUUGGAGGGAUAGACUUGUUAUUUCUGAUAGGGCACAUUUGGUUUUUGAUUUUCAUCAGCAAGUCGAUGGAUUACAAGAGCAAGAAAAGGGAAAUCAAUCAUUAGGAACAACAAAAAGAGGAAUUGGUCCAACAUAUUCAUGUAAAGCAUCAAGAAAUGGUCUUCGUGUUGGUGAUCUUUUGGGUGAUUUUGAUAAAUUUGAGGACAAAUUUAAAACCUUGGUUGAAUCUUAUCAGAGAAUGUUUCCUAAUCUACAAGUUGAUAUCAAAAGUGAAUUGGAACGUUAUAAAGAAUACUCUGAACGUGUGAGGCCUCUUGUCAAAGAAACAGUACAUUUUCUUCAUAUGGCACUUCGUGAGGGAAAAAAAGUUCUCGUUGAAGGUGCAAAUGCAGCUUUAUUGGACAUUGAUUUUGGAACUUAUCCUUAUGUAACAAGUUCGAAUUGUAGUAUUGGAGGUGUUUGCACUGGUCUUGGAUUACCACCAAAUACAAUUGGUGAGGUUAUUGGUGUUUGUAAAGCUUAUACAACAAGAGUUGGCGAUGGACCAUUUCCAACGGAACUUCUCGAUGAAACUGGUGAUCUUUUACAAAAUAGAGGUCGCGAAUUUGGUGUAACAACAAAACGCAGAAGACGUUGCGGUUGGCUUGAUCUUCCUCUUCUUAGAUUUACAGCCUUAGUCAAUGGAUACACUGCGCUUUGUCUGACAAAAUUGGACAUUUUGGAUACAUUGUCGAAGAUUAAAAUUUGCGUUGGUUAUCAUUUAAAUGGAGAGGAAAUUGAUUAUGUACCUAGUAAUUCGGUUGAAUUUGCCAAGGUUGAAGUAAUAUAUGAAGAAAUGGACGGAUGGAAAUCAAGUACGGAAGGUGCACGAUCAUUGGAUAAAUUACCGCCUAAUGCACAAAAAUAUGUUCGAAAAAUUGAAGACUACUUGGGUAUUCCAGUUAAAUGGAUUGGUGUUGGAGCCGGAAGAGAAAGUAUAAUUGCUCUUUGACAAUUUUCCGAGAAUGAAUCGCCUGAACGCACCAAUUUUAGUGCAUUAUUAUUUGAAAUGAAUAAAUUUUUCGUGUCUGAAAGCUGAUGAUUUGGCACCAAAGUGGUAAAAAAAAAAAAGAAAAACAAAAACAACAGCAACAAAAAAAAAGAAUAAACAAAAAUCAAUUAGACUAAUUAUAAGAUUAGCAACAGUUUUUAAAAAAAAAUCGAUAAUUAAAGCUUGUACGAUCUCCUAUAUAGUAUUGCUUGCACGCAAAAUCUUUGCACUGAUUAAGGAGUGAUUUUUUUUUUUUUUAAAGUGUAAUGAGUUAAAAUGAAGACUCUUUUAGCUCGUAUCGUUAUAUAUAAAUAUUUAAAUUUGAGAAUAAGAUGAGCCCAAUAUAAAAUA